AUUAAGCUCUCUUCUGAGGCUCUGAAUCACUCGCCGGUGCACGCUAUCCAUUUUCUUUAUGUAGACACGCUCGAAGGUUUGGGGCGAGGAAGGACUUGACGUGAGCGCUUGAAGUCUAGUUUGUGAAACGAUGCCGAUGAAGUUGGAAAGUAAUGAGCGAGGAUGCUGAAAGUGACGGCAAGCUCGCUUUGUUGGGAGCAGCGCAAGGCUUUUGUGCCGCUGUCAUCCCGUGUCUCAUCCCUUGCUGCUUUGUCUACUCUUGGCCCGCUGAUAGGGACCGUAAAAGGCAGUGUGGUGUGUCAGUGUUGGACUGCCACCAGCAGCAGCAAAGGUGGUCUGGGACCAUGAGUCUGUAUGGGGCUGGUGCCACCAGUGAUGCCAGCGGCGGGGUAAGAGGAGGAAGUGAAUAUUACUGGGAGCAUCGGCGGCGCUCCAGUGACCGUUCACGUGAUUCGUCCCACGAGAGAGGAGAGAGUCAGCUGACCCCCUGCAUCCGGAAUGUAACAUCCCCCACUCGGCAGCACGAUCGAGAACGUGGUGACGGCGGCUCAUCCUCCAGAUCUUCUAGUCCACGUCCGCCGAGGGUUUCGCUUCCCUGUUCGAACGUUGGAGGAGCUCUAUUUGCUGGACAUCUACCCCGGUCCUUUGGCACUGCUGUUGGUGACCACCACCCCAAGACCGUUGGCCAAGGACCAUGUGAUAUGAUCUAUGUGUACGACCUGAGCAGUAAAGAGGUACAUCGUGGCGGUCUGCGAGUAGGAGAACGAGUAACUCUUAUUGUGGACAAUACAAGAUUUGUUGUGGAUCCGGCCAUCUUUACAGCUCAACCCAACACCAUGCUUGGCAGGAUGUUUGGUUCAGGGCGGGACAACAAUUUCACUCGGCCCAAUGAAAAAGGAGAGUUUGAGGUAGCAGAUGGCAUCAACUCCACUGUCUUUCGAGCCAUUUUGGAUUACUACAAAUCGGGGAUAAUCCGCUGCCCUGACGGCAUUUCCAUUCCUGAGCUGAGGGAGGCAUGUGACUACCUGUGUAUCUCCUUCAACUACAGUACUAUCAAGUGCAGAGACCUCAGUGCCCUGAUGCACGAGCUGUCUAACGACGGUGCCAGGCGUCAGUUUGAGUGCUACCUGGAGGAGAUGGUGCUGCCGCUGAUGGUGGCCAGCGCACAGAGCGGAGAGAGGGAGUGCCACGUAGUGGUGCUAACCGACGACGACGUGGUGGACUGGGAUGAAGAGUACCCGCCACAGAUGGGAGAGGAGUACUCUCAGAUUAUCUACAGCACCAAACUGUACCGCUUCUUCAAAUACAUUGAGAACAGAGAUGUGGCCAAGUCUGUGUUGAAGGACAGAGGACUGAAGAAGAUCCGAUUGGGAAUAGAAGGCUACCCGACGUAUAAAGAGAAGGUGAAGCGGCGCCCGGGAGGUCGUCCAGAGGUCAUCUACAACUACGUCCAGCGUCCUUUCAUCCGCAUGUCGUGGGAAAAGGAGGAGGGCAAGAGCCGCCAUGUGGACUUUCAGUGCGUCAAGUCCAAGUCCACCACCAACCUGGCCGCUGCUGCUGCGGACAUCCCCCAGGACCAGCUCGUGGUCAUGCAUCCCCCAACUGCGGUGGACGAGCUGGACGCGCCACUGCAGCUGGGUGUUCCCGACCCUCACCAACCUCUGGCGUCGGUUCAGCGUGUAGAGGGUGCGGCUUGCCAGCAGGCUCGGGAGACCCAAGACCUGGCCGCUCACAGUCUGGCGCUGAGCAACCUGCAGCAAGCCCGGGCAGUUUACCAAUACGAACCCGACCCAGACCCGCCCUCUCCCUCUGCAUGAGACUCUCCCACAUGACACUGGUAGUAGAGGUAGCUUUUGGGCUGGAUUUACACCACGGUAGUCCUCGGUUUAGGACGCCCUGACCUUUGGAGGUUACAAACGCCUAUGGAAAGCUCUUUGAGCAUUUUGUCGAUAGCCUUGAUAUGCAGCUUAAGGUCCACGUACUAAGAUGCCCCUUUUGUGCACUAGUAGAAUCACAUUUUCCCCACUACUAGUGCCCCUAUUGGCCUAGUAGUACGCGCUUUAUCUACACUAGUAAGACAAUUCAGCCCACUAGUAGAACAAAUGUUUGUUUGGUUCACGACAAGUGCUACUUUUGUCACUAUUAUGCUUUUUGUACUGACUAGUUAGACCGAUGAUUCUCAAAAUGGUAAAGUGGUACACCAAAUAAACAUUGCCUAAAUA